GUGUUCCUUGAAUCAGGAUACUGUGUCAUUUCAGUGCAUCGCACUGCACACUCGCCAAGGACUGCAGUUGGACAACAGAACACAUUAGGCGCUCCGAGUGUGUGUUGUGUGUGUGUUUUCAUACAUUCGACAUCCGAAGGGCGUGGACACGUGGUGCGUGCGCGCGUGUGUGUGCGAGCGCGAGUGUUUCAACUGUGUGUUGCAAAGCAACGCGCACACAUCGUGUGUGCUUCUUUCUUCGAUGAUGCUGCGAAGGCUUCAUCACACCACCGUAUAUUCAUUACUGAUUCUGCUGAUUAUUUUACCGGAAUUACUGCCAGCUGUUCCCGUUCAGGAUAAUGCUGUGCGGAUACGAAGAAGUGGAGACUCAUCGUUAACUACUGCAACAGCCAUCGACCCAGUCAGCGCAUUAUUAGGAGAUAAUGAAAAUGUACCUUCACUGAAUGCAUCCGUUCGCUACGAUGCGGUGUAUAUGAAACGAGUUUAUGGACAACUGGGUUUGAACUACGACUUGGAUGAAGGAAGGCCGUUCAUAUAUUGCGAGAAGUUCGACCCAAAGUCUUGUGCACCAAAUGAUCCGCAAUGUCCGACGCUCGAAAAAUGUUAUGCGGAACCAGAAAAUCGAGCGCAAAGGCUUGGAUGCAUGACAGUAUUCAAAUAUGUAACUGAGAGGAAUGCUAGUGCGGAGGAACGAAAGAUUGAAGUUACUCUCAAGGGUUGUUGGCAGCAUGACAAGGAAGUAAUUGCCGACUGUAAGGUUCAGGAUGAGUGUGUAGCUGUGAGCGGAAGACGUCAAAAUCGCCCAAAUAUGGAAUUCUGCUGUUGUCGUACGCAUAUGUGCAAUAAGAAAGUCUCCAUCCUUGUGGUAGAUGAACCUCGAGAAGAAACCCCUGCUACAGCUAACACGACAUCUAUGGGUUCAGUAUCCCAUUUGAUGAGUAACAUGUGGUUUGUGAUGCUGUUCGGCCUGAUUGGUGUAUGCAUUGCUGGAGGACUGAUAGUAUUUUCAUUGGUUUACGGUCGAUGCUGGAGGAGUAAGGAUAAAGUCAAGACACAGACUGUCACUACAGCACAACAAAGUGAGACCUAUGCUUUACUGAACUGUGCAGCACAGAAGCCUAUGUUUGAAAUCACGGAUCUAAAACACGUUGCUAGCGGACGGUUUGGUGACGUCUAUAGUGGUUUAUACCACAAUGGCGAGAAGAUCAAGGAAGUGGCUGUGAAAGUGCUGAAGGAUGAGGAGAGCUGGCAUUCAGAACAGACUAUCUACGUUGAUGUACUUCGACGAGCUGGCCAUCCCAACAUUUUGAAAUAUAUCGAUGUUGAACGUCGUCCUAACGAGUAUUGGCUGAUCACCGAGUUUAUGAAGGAAGGCAAUCUACACGAUUAUCUCAAGAAGAACGUGCUUUCCUUGAAGCAGUGCCUUCGUAUACUAUCUGGCAUGCUGGAAGGACUGGCAUUCCUCCAUGAAGCGCAGGGUACAAAGUGCACAGUGGUCCACAGAGAUAUCAAGUCUAAGAAUAUCUUACUCAAAGCUGUGGAAUCUGCGGAUGAAAGAGAAGUAGCACUGACGGCUUGCAUAGCCGACUUUGGAUUGGCUGCCGUAUUCAACAGCCCUCAGAUUGAUGAUCAAGUCACUGGUCAGGUCGGUACCUUCCGCUACAUGUCUCCAGAAGUGCUAGAAGGAGCCACGGAAUUCACGGUUCCCGCGUUCCAACGAAUUGACGUCUAUGCAAUGGCUUUGGUUAUGUGGGAAGUCCUUUCGCGCACGAAUGUUGCUGAAGAUGAUGAUCAAGCAGAAAUACCGCCCUACAAGCAACCAUUUGAGGAAUAUACUAGUCCCUACCCCACUUUAGGCGAAAUGCGAGAUGUGGUGGUUAACCGCAAACUUCGUCCAGAAUUUCGACCUGAAGUCUCCAAGCACCCUGUGGGAGGUGCAAUUGAAUACACCAUCUGCGAUAUGUGGCAUACAAUCGCCGAUGGACGAAUUACGGCAAGUCUAGCACGUGAACGAAUCAACGCCAUGAAUGGCUGCGAUUCACAAGGAUCUGAAGGAUAUCAUUCGAGUAGUGAUCAUAACCGAAAAGUCUCCCUGGCAUCGACCGGAUGUGGAGAUGGCGAAUGUGCCCCAGCUGAAAGCGAUGACCUUACCCCAAAGCGGACGGAGACACAGAGGAUACGUCAGUUACUGCCUCUCUGA